CGGUCAAAGUGAAAGACUUUUCAGAUGUGUCGACCGUCGCUGGCGGCGAUGUCAACGCUCCUAAUGGCGUCCGGCCCACUGCGUGCUUAUCCUUGAAUGGUAGAACACUCUACCAGAUCAUUGUUUUCCACAUAGUUCCCCGCCUUCUCUGAUCAUUCGUGCGCCAUUAAUGGAGGGAGAGGAAGUGCCGUCCUAUUUUCUGUGUCCGAUAUCUCUGCAGCUGAUGAAGGAUCCGGUGACGCUCUCCACCGGCAUCACAUACGAUCGGGAAAGCAUCGAGCACUGGAUCUUCGCCAGCCGCCGGAGCACUUGCCCCGUGUCGAGAAAAAUCUUGCCGGACUCUGAAAUCCUCACCCCGAACCACACCCUCCGCCGCCUCAUCCGAUCUUGGUGCUCCCUCGACGGCGUCGCUAAGCAGCUGCUCCCGGCAGUGAAACUCCCGGCGGUCGAUGCUGCCCGCGUCGCGGAGCUCCUCGAGCUGCACCCGCUUGCCGCCCUCCGCCAGCUCCGUGCCGUCGUGGAAGAGAGCGAGCGCGGCAAGCGGUGCGUCGAGGCGGCCUCCGGCGCCGUCGACUUCGUAGUUUCCUUCGUCGUCGCCGGCGAGGAAGCGCAUUGCGCCGAGGCACUUGAUAUUCUCCGAUCGCUCAGGGUCUCGGGAGCCGACCUCGUCGGGAGAAAUCCGCGCAUCGUCGAGUCGUUGACGGCGAUUCUGCGGCGACGAGGCGACAGCCAAAUCCAAUCGCGAGCCAACUCUAUGCAUCUACUCGACGUGCUCGUGCGCGAGAUGUCGCACGACGAGCUCGCCGCCCUCGGCGAGGAGGUCUUUCUCGAGGUGGUCAACGUGGUGCGCGAGGGCGUCUCACAGCAAGCGACCAAGGCCGCGCUGCGCGUGCUGGCCACGGCGUGCUCGUGCCCGACGGGGCGGAGCCGCGUGAAGGCGGUGCGCGCCGGCGCGGUGGCCGCGCUGGUGGAGGUACUGCUGGCGGAUCCGGAGCGGCGGGCGUGCGAGCUGGCGCUGGUGGGCAUGGACCAGGCGUGCAGGUGCGCGGAGGGAAGGGCGGAGCUGGUGGCACACGCGGCCGGCGUGGCGGCGGUGGCGACGAAGCUGCUGCGGGUGUCGGACGCCGGGAGCGAGAGAGCGGUGAGGGUGCUGCACUCGGUGGCGCGGCACGCAGCCACGCCGGGGCUGGUGAGGGAGAUGGAGGAGGUGGGGGCGGUGGCGGAGCUCUGCUUGGUGCUGCAGCUGGAGUGCAGGAGGAAGACGAAGGAGAAGGCCAGAGAGAUCCUGAGGCUGCACGCUCGGGCGUGGAGGGCCUCGCCGUGCCUCCCGCCUAGCUUCCAUCUCUCCUAAGCCCCUAUCCCUCUUCACCACUCGAUUAAUCAAAUCUCAUCUCUGCUCAUAAUUCUCGAUCAAUAUUUUUGAACCUCCCUCGAUCGAUCUCAAAGUUGCUGCCUUUUCCCUCGAUCGAUCACAGUACGUACUAGCAGAUCAGGCAAACAAUUAAUGGUGAUGAUUAAAUUAAUAAAAAGUUAUUGCAUGGUGAUCGGUGAUUGGCGUGUGUGUAUAUGCAUGGAGUUUGUGUUACGAUGAUUUCUGAUUGCUUCAGGUUUUGCCAAGGAACUAUAUCGAUCUGCAGGUAGGUUUAUUUAUCAUGGUGGGUUUCAUCCAUUAUCAGUUUGGAAAGUUGUGAAGUUUCAUCCAUUACUUUUUCUCUCCUUA